AUGAUCUUGAGAUCAAAACGAGAGAUUAGACCUUUGGUAAGCAUCGAGCGACCCUCUCCUUCUCUUCCACCAUCGCCUUCUCGAAUUCAAAAGCAUCCUCGAAUACGAAAGGCUAGACUUACGCACUAUAACCUCAAGAGAUUCGAGCAAGAACUGGCCAAGAAUAGGAAAAUCAGCGGGACAGAGUCGCGGUCGGGCACUUCCAGUAGCUCUAGCAAGGCCAAAAACACUACGACGGCGGACAAGAAGUUUGGGGAGCGGCUGUGGGAGAAUGGAGUCCGUUUUGAACACCCACACGCACAGCCGCCAAAGGAUCUGGCCGAAGUCAAGCAAUACUUGGAUAAAGACCGAGAAUCCCAAUCGGCUAACGGAGACGACUGUCAAGAAUAUCUUGACGAAAUUGCUCAGGCUGAUAACGAGGAUACAGUAACAACAAAUGUUUGGCCCCUUCUUGCCAAGAAACCCCGCAACCGGGACCUUUUUGGAUACAAUCAAAAUACAAACUUCCAGUGGACUGAAGUGGAAUCUGCCAUCAUAGCGAACAUAUCGGAUCCAAAGCCAGAUAUCUCUGAGAGCUUUCGGCACAACCAAUAUCCUCCCGAAGCCGCCGAGGCACUUGGACCUGCUCUGGCACCAACGUUAUAUAGUGCUGCUAUCCCCAAGUUCUGCGUUGAACUGAAAGGUCCUGAUGGCUUGAUACCAUCCGCCACAAAGCAGGCUGCAUAUGAUGGUGCAGUCAUGGUUGACGCCGCCUGGGAAGCCCACCAGUUCAUGUCUAAGCCUGCCGACGAGUUUCUCGGCAAUACGCAGGCAUUGACCGGAGCCGUCAAUGGUUCGUACCUUCACAUAUAUGCGAACCAUGCCAUUUCUCCACAAACUGAUGCGACGAACUACGUGGCGGCCUCCGGAACCAUUGCUCAUCGUGAAAAGCUCCAGUACCAUCAAUUUCCCCUCAACGGCGUACUGCCAAGUGAGUCUCUAGAAGACUUCAAAAAGGCACGAAAAACGGUCCGAAAUGCACAAGAUUGGGCUCGAGAGAGGGCAGCUCAGAGUAAGGAUGCUCUCCACGCACGUGUCGACGCCAUGCAUACUGCUGCUGCUACCGCUACCGCUGCUGCCGUCCCUGUUCUGGCAGCUGAGCUCACCCCUCCAUGGUUACCUGCUGGCAAAGGGAAGCAAUGGAAGAGAAGACAGGAUGACAAUACACCUAUUUAUGGUGUGUCGCUAUGA